ACCGAAGUAAACAAACAGACGUAAACAACAGCUGAGAAUGUUCACCUCGUCUGCUCUCAGAUUAUCUUUCCUUUCUUGGCCUAAACUAAUAGGCAGGAGGAUGACGUCUUCAAAUAUUGAGAACGUUUCAGAAAAGAGAGAUCUUGUCUUAGUUGAUCACAUUGGUGAAAUAACGACAAUCGGCAUAAAUCGACCAGAGAAGAGGAACUGCAUUAAUACUCCGGCUGCCACUGCUCUUCUUCAAGCUUUUCAAGAUUUUGACAAAGAUGAAUCAUCAAAAGUAGCCGUCCUUUAUGGUGUAGGCGGUAACUUCUGUGCUGGCUAUGAUUUGGAAGAAGUUAGCAAAAAAGUACCUGUGCACCUCUCUUCCUAUGGUCAGGGUCCAAUGGGCCCAUCAAGGUAUGAGACAAGCAAACCUGUGAUUGCAGCUGUGGAAGGUUUUGCUGUAGCUGGUGGUUUAGAGCUUGCAUUGUGGUGUGAUCUUCGUGUAGUUGAAGAUACAGCUGUCAUGGGAGUCUUUUGCAGAAGAUUUGGAGUACCUCUUAUCGAUGGAGGAACAGUCAGGUUGCCAGCCAUUGUUGGGCUUGGGAGAGCAAUGGACCUCAUCCUCACUGGGAGACCAAUAAAGGGAAGUGAAGCCCUGGACUGGGGUCUUGCCAAUCGUCUGGUAGCAUGCGGUACUGCUGUGGGCCAGGCAGUCAACCUUGCCCAGUCCUUAGUCAAGUUUCCUCAGGAAUGCCUUAGAGCCGACCGGAAAUCUGCACUCUAUGCAACAUUCUCAGCCAGCUCCAUGCAAGAUGCCCUGAGAUACGAACAUGAAAAUGGCAUCCCUGUGAUUAUGAAGGAAUCUGUUCAUGGGGCACAGAAAUUUGUAGACGGAAUUGGACGUCAUGGGAAAUUUCACCUUAAUGCAAAAAUAGCUCCGAAAUCCAAAAUUUAGAUAGACUAACAGAUGUCUUAAUUAUGUGAAAUUAUCCUGCUUUGAUAGAACUGAAAUUGUUAUGAUUAUAUUGGUAAUCUGAUUGUAAUAACAGGGUAUGUUUUGAUUUUCAAGUCCUAAGGUUCUUACUUAUAUUACAUUAUAUUUCCAUCUACAAAAACUUUGUGUACUUACAUGUAAAACCUUUUACAGUGGAUUCAGUGUGGAGUAGCAAGUUUGUUGGUUUUUAUCAGACAUUGUCAUGAUAAUUCAUGUUGUAUACUGUCAUAUUGUAAAUAUUUGUACAAAUUGUUUGCUAGGAAAUUAAAUAUAUUUUUCA